GUCGCAGGCGGGCCCGGUGCGGGCCGCGCGUUGCCCGGCGACGGGCGGGGCCCCGCGGCCUAUCCCGGCCUGGCUCCUCGCCUUCCUCCCGCAGUCCCGCCGCUCCCGCCGAGCGUCGCCGCACCCGCCGAGUGCCGCCCCGCCCGGCCCCGCCGAGCGCCGCCGCCGCCAUGGCCAGCUCCCCCGUGUCCCGAGUGGUGUACAACGGGAAGCGGAGCGGCGGCCCGCGCUCCCCCGGCGCCGGCAGCGAGAUCUUCACGCCGGCCCACGAGGAGAACGUGCGCUUCAUCUACGAGGCCUGGCAGUGCGUGGAGCGCGACCUGCGCAGCCAGAUGGGCUCCGAGCGCGGCCUGGUCGAGGAGUACGUGGAGAAGAUGCCGAACCCCAGCCUGAAAGCGUUUAAACCCGUCGACCUGGGUGAUCUGAAGAGAAGGAACACACAGGAUGCAAAGAAGUCCUAAGGCGGGUCCUCCCUGUGGAUCGGCUGCUCUUCUAAGGUCCUCAAGCAGAUUUAAGUUGAAAUUUUGUGUUGAUUUCCUCCUCUGGUCUGUGCUCCCAAAAGCUCACGGGAGAGCCAGUCAGCUUUGGGGCUGGCUCUGAAGCUGCCUGAGGUCGAGGAUGCUCAGCGGCUUACCAAGGCUGCCCAGAGCCUGUUGCAAAGGAUUCCAGUCCCCCACUCAUAGCUUUCUUUGGCCUCAAACUGUCCUUCCUCCCUUCACACUGAGCUCCCCGAUCUCCCGUACCCCUUCUGCCGCCGCCCCGGGCGCUGGGCGGGGCUGGGCUGAGCGGAUGGGCAGUGCCAGGUCUGUGCACCAAGGCCCCGCAGCUGCUGGGGUGGGAUGUGGGCAGAAGGGACAGUCGGGUCUUUCCCUGUGCCUCAUCCGGCCUGCUUGUGCAGUUCAGGGCUGGGCAGGCUGCAGCCAGGCUGCUCCUAGCUCCACUGUGGCAGCAAGUUGCUGCCUGGGCUGCCGGAGCACAUGGGCCACAUCCGAGGUUGGAUUUUCCGUGUGCUUAGAGCAGGCUAAGAUCCCUGUGGUGCUUGAGGGGGGGUUGUUCCCCUCCUUGCAGAUGGAAAGAGGUGUGGUGUCCCGCCUCAGGUGCCUGAGAGGUGCUCAGAGGGGCCCGAGCCACCUGCAGCCCCCUGGCCUCGGUGCCUCGGCAACCCCACGGGAGGCAGCAGCCGUGGGGCUGCACGGAGCGAGGCUCGGGGGCUCCUCACCCCAGCAGCGCUGCAGUUUUGUACCAAUACCAUUUUCCAGAUACACACCCUUGGAAGAGACCUGGCCCCACAGCUCGCCCUGGGGGCUGUAGGUGGUGGAACUGUGCUGGGGGGCCUUCCUUGGGCCCCUCGCUCCUGGCAGGGCUCAGGUGGUUCCUGCAUCAUUGCCUGAGCUGGGGAGAGCAACUGUGCCACCCUUGCCCACCUGAGCCACGGGGCCACUCCCUGGGGAGGUGGCAGCCCCCUGCCUAUCUGUGCUCCAGGCCAGAUGGGGCUGGUGGGCCUGCCCAGUGCCAGCGGCUGCGGGAGGGCUGCGGGGACUGGGGGCUGCCAGUGGGGGCUGCCAGUACCUUUCCUUUGUUGAGUCUUUAAGCUGUGCCGUUCCCUUUCCUUUCUCUCUGUGGUCUGUCACUUGAGGAGUGUUGUAAAUAAACGCUGGUGUCCUUUUGGGGCUGCCUCGA